CCAUAUUUUAUUCACAUGGCCAUUAGAGGUUGCAAACCUAUAAUACACUGUUCACUCUUUAAUAUCCUACACUCUUUAUCUCUUCUCCAGGCUGCUGAGAGAGAGAAGAAGCUCCACCUGCUGGGCGGAGAGACUGACCACAGCCACAAUGACACACACUCACACAGCCACGACCAAGACCAAACACACGACCACGCACACGAUCACACCAAGUGCAGCUCUAAUCAUGGCCACACCAGCAACCACACUGAUGACCGUGAUCACCACCACACACAUGACCAUGCCACAGGCAGCGCCCACAGGCACGCUCAUGACCACUCCCAUGACCACGGUCUGAAUCACGAUCACGUGCACACUCAUCACGACAAGGCACACAACCACAGCGAUGACUCUCCCAGUCACCACCACGACUAUAAGCACGCUGAAGGUGUGCACACACAUGAACAUGACCACGAGCUGGCUUUGGACCAUGACCACAAGCACGAUCACCUGCAUGAACACGAGCACCACCACCAUCACCACAAGCACGAACAUGAGAACACACCCCACAAUGAACCACAGGGAAUAGUGAUAGUCCUGCCCGCCUUGGGCCAGCCUAUGACCCUGCCUUCCUUCCCUGAUGUCCCAGUUGGUGGCCCUGGAGUUGGAGUCACUCUCCCACUUAAACCCGACCCACAGAUUCCUGGACAGAUGGAGCCCACCAUCGAGCCCUUCCCAACCUCAGUCUCUGCCCAGUGCCCCACCACAGAGGGAAAGCAUAAAAAUGUGGAUGAACUCUUCUCUAAAGACCCCGAAUUCAAGACAGCUGCAGCCAGUUCAUAAAGCCUAUAAAACUGUUUUUAAAUACACACACAAAGGCUCAAGUGUAAUGAAAAGAAGGGAAACGAUUUGGCAUUGCAUUUUUCUACAUUAAACACAUUGUCAGCAAA